AGGUGGUGGAAAAAUGUAGGUGUAAGGGAAAAAUUGCCAUUCGCUAGAGAUAGGUUGGUGGAGUGCUACUUGUGGUCGUUAGGAGUGUACUUUGAGCCACAAUAUGGUUUAGCAAGAGAGUUUGUUACUAAAAUGAUAUCUCUAGCUUCCGUCGUUGAUGAUGUCUAUGAUGUGCAUGGAACUCCUCAAGAACUCCACCUAUUCACACAUGCCUUCCAAAGGUUGGACGAGAGUGCUAUGAGUGAACUGCCAACAUAUAUGAAGGUUGUUUACACUGCUUUUCUUAAUGUCUUUGGUGAAAUGGAGACAGAAUUGGCUGCCAGAGGUGAAUCCGGCCGCAUCCACUAUGCCAAAGCUGAGAUGAAAAAACUAGUGGAAGCAUAUUAUAAAGAAGGGACAUGGUUCCAUGAUGGAUCGCCUCCAACGUUUGAUGAUUACAUGAAGGUGGCACUUAAGUCAUCUGGUUAUUUUAUGGCAGCAACAGCUUCUUUGGUAGGCAUGCCAGAAGAUUUUGUAACUAGUCAUGCCUUUGAUUGGUUGGAAACUCAUGACCCCUUAAUUGUUCAAGCUUCUGCAAUCAUUGCAAGAUUAAAAGAUGACAUAGCUGGACAUAAGUUUGAGCAAGAAAGAGGGCACACAGAUUCGGCUGUAGAAUGCUACAUGAGACAAUAUGGGAAGUUAGAAGAAGAGGCGGUGAAAGAGCUUGAAGAACAAGUAGCCAAUGCAUGGAAAGAUAUCAAUCAAGAAUGCCUUAAACCAAUAGCUAUUUACCCAUUGCCUAUACUCAUUCGAGUUGUCAAUCUCGCAAGGGUUAUUGAAUUGCUCUACAAAAAAGAUGGUGAUUCAUAUACACAUUCCUCAAACCUCAAGCCCAUGAUAACUUCCAUCUUGGUUGAUCCGGUCUUGUGAAAUUCCCGCUCGGAGAAGUUAACAAUAAUCGAUCAACAAUAAUGAUAUUAUUAUUCUUGUAUGAAUUUUCCAAUGUUGUUGCCUUAUCGUUUUUGUUUUUUUAUAAUGUUUCUCAAUCCUAAAGCUAUGCCAUUUUGAUAUCGAGUACCAUCAAAAGUGAACAACUUUAUUUUGAGUACGAAUAUUGGAAUAAGGGUCGCACUAUUAUUGCAUUAUAAUGAGCAAAUUUGACACUAUUGUCUCAAAAGAAAUCCCC